AUGGCUGAGGAUUGUAUAAAUGAACCCAUUGCCCGCUCAAAUUUCAUCAAAGGGAUUAUUCUCGGACUGUUACUUGGAGUCUCUGCCAGUGCUGUCGUCUACAAAAUCUCUCAACCCUCUAAUCUCACACACACAAGGAGUCGAUCGACCAGAGAUUUGGACUCAUCCGACAGCGAGGCGUCCACUCUACUCAGACUUUGCCGAUUUCAACUGAACACAACGAAGAUAAAGCUGAAAGAGGAAAAAGAAAUUUCCGAAGCUCUCAAAGCGAAUCUGACUGCUUGUGACGAGGGAAACAGUAAGGAAAAGGAAACUCUCCAAUUGAGCCUGGAAAGCUGUCGAGCCAAGAAUGAAGUGUUGGAAAAGGAGAAAAACGCCGCCAGACAAGAGCAAGCUCAAGCAGCCAAACAACUGACUACAUGUGAAGACAACAUGAACCAAGCAAAUCUCAACAAUACGAAGAACUUGGCUAUUUGCACAGAGGAAAAGCAGCAACUGGAGAAAGAGAAUUGGGUCUACUACAAGCCAACAAAAGCUUAUUAUUACUAUCGGGGCUUCAACUACGACGUUUACGGUGAUCUGAUCGUCUAUACUUGGCAAGAAGCCGAGAGAAUUUGCGACCAAAAAGGAGCCCAUUUGGUCUCCAUUCACAAUAAUGAGGAACGCUCAUUCGUCAACAAAAUGAUUCUCUCCGAUAUAAAGGCGACCAACAAAAAUUCCACUGAUGAGAACCCCUGCAACGCUUCCGAGUUCUACGUCUGGAUCGGGCUUCAUUUCGAGAAUGGGAAAAGGCGAUGGAGUGAUGGAAGUGCUGACGAUUACUUCGAGGAAAUUGCCUACACAGAGGCAACGCAGAUACAUUGGGUGAUGUGCCAUGAUAUCGCCAAUCAGGAGGAAUUCUCGAUUUGGCAAACGUCGAAUAAAGAGCAAAAGAACUCGAGAUUUGUCUGUAAGCGGUUGACU